AUGUUUGCCAGACCAGCGCUCAGCAGAGGACUCGUGAAGUCGUACACCCGGUCGUUGUCGGCCACUGCGAUGUUGAAGUCGGCAUCGGCAACGGCGGGCAGCGCCAUCUCGACGAGACCGGAGGGCUUCAGAAUCCCGAGACCAAGAACGUGGGAGGAGUCGAAGGAGGGCGCUCUGGCCAAGGCCACGAAGUGGUUCCUCUUGGCCGAGAUGUUCAGAGGAAUGUACAUUGUGCUCGAGAUGUACUUCAGAGCGCCGUACACAAUCUACUACCCGUUUGAAAAGGGGGCGAUCUCUCCGCGGUUCAGAGGGGAGCACGCGUUGAGAAGAUACCCGUCCGGGGAGGAGAGAUGCAUUGCGUGCAAGUUGUGCGAGGCGAUCUGCCCGGCACAGGCCAUCACGAUCGAGGCGGAGGAGAGAGCAGACGGGUCGAGAAGAACCUACAAGUACGACAUCGACAUGACCAAGUGCAUAUACUGCGGGUACUGCCAGGAGUCGUGUCCCGUCGACGCGAUUGUGGAGACGCCGAACGCGGAGUACGCCACCGAGACGAGAGAAGAGCUUCUUUACAACAAGGAGAAGCUUCUCGCCAACGGCGACAAGUGGGAACAGGAGUACCAGUACGCCGCCAACGCAGACGCUCCCUACAGAUAG